CCGCCACCGCCGCCGCUCUGCAGAGCUCGCCCGCCCGCCCGGGAGGCGAGGGAACGCGGGUCUGGGCCCGGGACCGCGGCGACCGGCAGCUGCCGCGGCGGAGACGCAGGGCGCGAGCGGGUGGCGCAGGGCGGUCAUUGGCAGCCGGGCCCGGGCCGGAGCGUGCGGCUUCGCAGACGCAGGUGGGCGAUCUCACGCGGGCGGAGGGGACCUUCUGGGGCUCGGGACCCCGGGACACGGCAGAGCCAGAGAUCCUCGCGGCCCGCGGGCGCGGGUAGAGAGCGCGCCGGAACGCAGGUGGAAGCGCAGUGGGAACCCGCAGUGGUCGCGGUGACUCGGGAGCGGGCCCGGCUUCGCGAGUGGUGGGAGACCGGCGCAUCGUGGGCUGACCGAGAGCGCGGCCCCGCCGAGCCAUCUGGGGGCAGGCCCAGUGGGACGUACAGGUGGCCCCCGGGGACCGGCGCCCCGGCCCGGGCAUGAGGCGCGGCGGGUCCGGCAGGAGCCGGAGGAAGAGCCGCCGCGGCUGUUGACCCGGCUGGCCGGGAGCAGGGAGAGAUGCGGAGCCGGGCUGCCAGCGCCCCCCUCCCAACGCCGCUGCUGCCCCUGCUACUGCUGUUGCUGCUGCUGCCGCCGUCGCCACUACUGGGAGAUCAAAUGGGGCCCUGUCGUUCUCUGGGGUCCGGGGGACGCAGCUCCUCUGGGGCCUGCGCCCCCGUGGGCUGGCUCUGCCCGGCCUCUGCUUCGAACCUCUGGCUUUACACCAGCCGCUGCAGAGAUUCGGGCAUUGAGCUGACCGGCCACCUGGUGCCCCACCACGAUGGCCUGAGGGUUUGGUGUCCAGAAUCAGGGGCUCAUAUCCCUCUUCCGCCAUCCUCUGAAGGCUGCCCCUGGAGCUGUCGUCUCCUGGGUAUCGGAGGCCACCUUUCUCCUCAAGGCGCGCUGACCCUGCCUCAAGAGCACCCUUGCUUAAAGGCCCCACGGCUCAGAUGCCAGUCUUGCAAGCUGGCACAGGCCCCAGGGCUCAGAGCUGGGGAAGGAUCGACAGAGGAAUCUCUGGGGGGUGGGCGCAGGAAAAGGAAUGUGAAUACGGCUCCCCAGUUCCAACCUCCCAGCUACCAGGCCACAGUGCCUGAGAACCAGCCUGCUGGUACCUCUGUUGCAUCCUUAAGAGCCAUUGAUCCAGAUGAGGGUGAGGCGGGUCGACUUGAGUACACCAUGGAUGCCCUCUUUGAUAGCCGCUCCAAUCAUUUCUUCUCCUUGGACCCAAUCACCGGUGCUGUCACCACAGCCGAGGAGCUGGAUCGGGAGACCAAGAGCACCCAUGUCUUCAGGGUCACCGCACAGGAUCAUGGUAUGCCCCGACGGAGUGCCUUGGCCACACUUACCAUCUUAGUGACUGACACCAACGAUCACGACCCUGUUUUCGAGCAGCAAGAAUACAAGGAGAGCCUCAGGGAGAACCUGGAGGUUGGCUACGAGGUACUUACAGUCAGGGCCACCGAUGGCGAUGCCCCUCCCAAUGCCAACAUUCUGUACCGCCUGCUGGAGGGGGCUGGAGGCGGCCCCUCAGAAGUCUUUGAGAUCGAUCCUCGCUCGGGGGUGAUCCGAACCCGUGGCCCUGUAGACCGGGAAGAAGUGGAGUCCUACAAGUUGACAGUGGAGGCGAGUGACCAGGGUCGGGACCCAGGCCCACGGAGUUCCACAGCCGUUGUUUUCCUGUCCGUGGAGGAUGAUAACGACAACGCCCCCCAGUUCAGUGAGAAGCGUUAUGUGGUGCAGGUGAGGGAGGACGUGACCCCAGGAGCCCCAGUUCUCCGAGUCACCGCCUCGGAUAGAGACAAGGGCAGCAAUGCCCUGGUGCACUAUAGCAUCAUGAGUGGCAAUGCUCGGGGACAGUUCUAUCUGGAUGCUCAGACUGGAGCCCUGGAUGUGGUAAGUCCACUUGACUAUGAGACAACCAAAGAAUACACACUACGGAUACGGGCUCAGGAUGGUGGCCGUCCUCCACUUUCCAACGUCUCUGGCCUAGUAACAGUGCAAGUCCUAGACAUCAACGAUAACGCCCCCAUCUUUGUCAGCACCCCUUUCCAGGCCACUGUCCUGGAGAGCGUUCCUUUAGGCUACCUAGUUCUGCAUGUCCAGGCGAUUGACGCUGAUGCCGGUGAUAAUGCCCGCCUCGAAUAUAGCCUGGCUGGAGUUGGGCACGACUUCCCCUUCACCAUCAACAACGGCACAGGCUGGAUCUCUGUGACUGCAGAGUUGGACCGUGAAGAGGUCGAUUUCUACAGCUUUGGUGUAGAAGCCCGGGACCAUGGCACCCCAGCGCUUACUGCCUCAGCCAGUGUCAGUGUAACCAUCCUGGACGUCAACGACAACAACCCGACCUUCACACAGCCAGAGUACACGGUGCGGCUCAAUGAGGAUGCCGCCGUGGGCACCAGUGUGGUGACGGUGUCCGCCGUGGAUCGAGACGCUCACAGUGUCAUCACCUACCAGAUCACCAGCGGCAACACCCGCAACCGCUUCUCUAUCACCAGCCAAAGCGGUGGUGGACUGGUCUCCCUGGCCUUACCACUGGACUACAAACUGGAGCGGCAGUAUGUGCUGGCAGUGACCGCCUCAGAUGGCACAAGGCAGGACACAGCUCAGAUCGUGGUGAAUGUCACUGACGCCAACACCCAUCGUCCCGUCUUCCAGAGCUCCCACUACACAGUAAACGUUAAUGAAGACCGGCCAGCGGGCACCACAGUGGUGCUGAUCAGUGCUACGGAUGAGGACACAGGGGAGAAUGCCCGAAUCACCUACUUUAUGGAGGAUAGCAUACCCCAGUUCCGCAUCGAUGCAGACACUGGGGCCGUCACCACCCAGGCUGAGCUGGACUAUGAGGACCAGGUGUCGUAUACCCUGGCCAUCACCGCUCGGGACAAUGGCAUUCCCCAGAAGUCUGACACCACCUACCUGGAGAUUCUGGUGAAUGAUGUAAAUGACAAUGCCCCCCAGUUCCUCAGAGAUUCCUACCAGGGGAGUGUCUAUGAGGAUGUGCCACCUUUCACCAGCGUCCUGCAGAUCUCAGCCACCGAUCGAGACUCCGGACUGAAUGGGAGGGUUUUCUACACCUUCCAAGGAGGAGAUGAUGGAGACGGUGACUUUAUCGUAGAGUCAACAUCGGGCAUUGUGCGCACACUGCGGAGGCUGGAUCGUGAGAACGUGGCCCAGUACAUCUUGCGGGCAUAUGCAGUGGACAAGGGGAUGCCACCAGCCCGCACGCCCAUGGAAGUGACAGUUACUGUCCUGGAUGUGAAUGACAAUCCCCCUGUCUUCGAACAGGAUGAGUUUGAUGUAUUUGUGGAAGAGAAUAGCCCCAUUGGGCUGGCCGUGGCCCGUGUCACAGCCACUGACCCAGAUGAAGGGACCAACGCACAGAUCAUGUACCAGAUCGUGGAGGGCAAUAUCCCUGAGGUCUUUCAGCUGGACAUCUUCUCAGGCGAGCUAACCGCCCUGGUAGAUUUGGACUAUGAGGACCGGCCUGAAUAUAUCCUGGUCAUCCAGGCUACGUCUGCUCCCUUGGUGAGCAGGGCUACUGUCCAUGUUCGCCUCCUUGACCGCAACGACAACCCUCCAGUGCUGGGAAACUUUGAGAUUCUUUUCAACAACUAUGUCACCAACCGUUCCAGCAGCUUCCCUGGGGGUGCUAUAGGCCGCGUGCCUGCCCACGACCCCGAUAUCUCAGACAGCCUGACGUACAGCUUUGAGCGAGGAAAUGAACUCAGCCUGGUCCUACUCAAUGCCUCCACUGGUGAGCUGAGACUGAGCCGGGCGCUGGACAACAACCGGCCCCUGGAAGCCAUCAUGAGUGUGCUGGUGUCAGAUGGUGUCCACAGUGUGACAGCCCAGUGCUCACUACGUGUCACCAUCAUCACAGAUGAGAUGCUCACACACAGCAUCACGCUGCGCCUGGAAGACAUGUCUCCAGAACGCUUUCUGUCACCACUGCUGGGACUCUUCAUUCAGGCUGUGGCAGCCACGUUGGCCACACCCCCAGAUCACGUGGUGGUCUUCAACGUGCAAAGGGACACAGAUGCCCCAGGCGGCCAUAUACUCAACGUGAGCCUGUCAGUGGGCCAGCCCCCAGGACCCGGCGGUGGGCCACCCUUUCUGCCUUCAGAGGAUCUCCAGGAGCGCCUGUACCUCAACCGCAGCCUGCUCACCGCCAUCUCAGCACAACGCGUGCUUCCCUUCGACGACAACAUUUGCCUGCGGGAGCCGUGCGAGAAUUACAUGCGCUGUGUGUCUGUGCUGCGCUUCGACUCCUCUGCGCCCUUCAUCGCCUCCUCUUCGGUGCUCUUCCGGCCCAUCCACCCUGUCGGGGGUCUGCGCUGUCGCUGCCCACCAGGCUUCACAGGCGACUACUGCGAGACAGAGGUGGACCUCUGCUACUCAAGACCUUGUGGACCCCAUGGGCUCUGCAGCAGCCGAGAGGGCGGCUACACCUGCCUCUGUAGCGAAGGCUACACGGGUGAGCACUGUGAAGUGAGUGCCAGCUCUGGCCGUUGUACUCCAGGUGUCUGCAAGAACGGGGGUACCUGUGUCAACCUGUUGGUGGGAGGUUUCAAAUGUGACUGCCCCUCCGGGGACUUUGAGAAACCCUUCUGCCAGGUGACCACACGCAGCUUCCCCGCCCGCUCCUUCAUCACCUUCCGUGGCCUGCGCCAGCGUUUCCACUUCACCCUGGCCCUCUCGUUUGCUACCAAGGAGCGUAACGGGCUACUGCUGUACAAUGGGCGCUUCAAUGAAAAACAUGACUUUGUGGCUCUGGAGGUGAUCCAGGAGCAGGUGCAGCUCACCUUCUCUGCAGGGGAAUCAACCACCACUGUGUCUCCAUUCGUGCCCGGAGGGGUCAGUGAUGGCCAGUGGCACACAGUAGAGCUGAAGUACUACAAUAAGCCACUGUUGGGUCAGACAGGGCUUCCCCAAGGUCCAUCUGAGCAGAAGGUAGCUGUGGUGUCCGUGGAUGGCUGUGACACAGGGGUGGCUCUGCGCUUUGGAGCUAUGCUGGGCAACUACUCCUGUGCUGCUCAGGGCACCCAAGGAGGCAGCAAGAAGUCUCUGGACCUGACAGGGCCCUUGUUGCUGGGUGGGGUGCCGGAUCUGCCCGAGAGCUUCCCUGUCCGAAUGCGGCACUUUGUGGGCUGCAUGAAGGACCUCCAAGUGGAUAGCCGACAUGUAGACAUGGCCGACUUCAUCGCCAACAAUGGCACUGUGCCUGGCUGCCCCACCAAGAAGAUCGUGUGCGACAGCAACACUUGCCAUAACGGUGGCACCUGCGUGAACCAGUGGGAUGCAUUCAGCUGCGAGUGUCCACUAGGCUUCGGGGGCAAGAGCUGUGCCCAGGAAAUGGCCAAUCCCCAGCGUUUCCUGGGCAGCAGCCUUGUGGCCUGGCAUGGCCUUUCUCUGCCCAUCUCUCAGCCCUGGCACCUCAGCCUCAUGUUCCGCACACGCCAGGCAGAUGGCGUCCUGCUGCAGGCCGUCACCAGGGGGCGCAGCACCAUCACCCUGCAGCUUCGGGCAGGCCACGUAGUGCUUAGUGUGGAGGGCACAGGGCUCCAGGUGUCAUCUCUGCGUCUGGAGUCAGGCCGAGCCAAUGAUGGUGACUGGCAUCAUGCGCAGCUGGCACUGGGAGCUAGCGGGGGCCCUGGUCAUGCCAUUCUGUCCUUUGACUACGGGCAACAGAAGGCAGAGGGUAAUCUGGGCCCUCGGCUGCAUGGGCUGCACCUGAGCAAUAUUACAGUCGGGGGAGUUCCUGGGCCAGCCAGCGGUGUGGCCCGUGGCUUCCGGGGCUGUUUGCAGGGCGUGAGGGUAAGUGAGACACCCGAGGGUAUCAGCAGUCUGGAUCCCAGCCGUGGGGAGAGCAUCAAUGUGGAGCCAGGCUGUAGCUGGCCAGAUCCCUGUGACUCGAAUCCAUGCCCCACCAACAGCUACUGCAGCAACGACUGGGACAGCUAUUCUUGUAGCUGUUAUUCAGGUUACUAUGGUGACAACUGUACAAACGUGUGUGACCUGAACCCAUGCGAGCACCAGUCUGUGUGUACCCGAAAACCCAAUGUGCCCCAAGGCUACAUCUGCGAGUGUUUACCAAAUUACCUUGGGCCAUAUUGUGAGACCAGAAUUGACCAACCUUGCCCCCGUGGCUGGUGGGGACACCCCACAUGUGGUCCGUGCAACUGUGAUGUCAGCAAAGGCUUUGACCCAGAUUGCAACAAGACAAGCGGUGAAUGCCACUGCAAGGAGAAUCACUACCGGCCCCCUGGCAGCCCCACUUGUCUCUUGUGUGACUGUUAUCCCACUGGUUCUUUGUCCCGAGUCUGUGACCCUGAGGAUGGCCAGUGCCCGUGCAAGCCUGGAGUCAUUGGGCGUCAGUGUGAUCGCUGUGACAACCCUUUUGCUGAGGUCACCACCAAUGGCUGUGAAGUGAAUUAUGACAGCUGCCCACGGGCCAUAGAGGCUGGGAUCUGGUGGCCCCGCACGCGGUUUGGGCUACCUGCUGCUGCCCCUUGCCCCAAAGGCUCCUUUGGGACUGCUGUGCGCCACUGUGAUGAGCACAGGGGUUGGCUCCCCCCGAACCUCUUCAACUGCACAUCCGUCACCUUCUCAGAGCUAAAGGGCUUCGCUGAGCGGCUGCAGAGGAACGAAUCAGGCCUAGACUCAGGACGCUCCCAGAGGCUAGCCUUGCUCCUGCGCAACGCCACACAGCACACCUCUGGCUACUUUGGCAGUGACGUCAAGGUGGCCUACCAGUUGGCUACACGACUCCUGGCUCAUGAGAGUGCCCAGCGGGGCUUUGGGCUGUCCGCCACCCAGGAUGUGCACUUCACUGAGAACCUGCUGAGGGUAGGCAGUGCCCUCCUGGAUGCAGCCAACAAGAGGCACUGGGAACUGAUCCAGCAGACGGAGGGUGGCACUGCCUGGCUGCUCCAGCACUACGAGGCUUACGCCAGUGCCCUCGCCCAGAACAUGCGGCACACCUAUCUAAGCCCCUUCACGAUCGUCACCCCCAACAUUGUCAUCUCUGUAGUACGCCUGGAUAAGGGGAACUUUGCUGGGACCAAGCUGCCCCGUUAUGAGGCAUUGCGUGGGGAGCGCCCCCCGGAUCUUGAGACCACAGUCAUUUUGCCAGAGUCUGUCUUCAGAGAGAUACCCCCCAUGGUGAGGUCUGCAGGACCCGGCGAAGCCCAGGAGACUGAGGAGCUGGCACGGAGGCAACGGAGGCACCCAGAACUGAGUCAGGGAGAGGCAGUGGCCAGUGUCAUCAUCUACCAUACCCUGGCUGGACUGCUGCCCCACAACUAUGACCCUGAUAAGCGUAGCCUGAGAGUCCCCAAGCGCCCAGUCAUCAACACACCUGUGGUAAGCAUCAGUGUCCACGAUGGUGAGGAGCUCCUGCCACGGGCUCUGGACAAGCCAGUCACUGUGCAGUUCCGACUGCUGGAGACCGAGGAGAGAACCAAGCCCAUCUGUGUCUUCUGGAACCAUUCGAUCCUGGUCAGCGGCACUGGUGGCUGGUCCGCCCGAGGCUGCGAAGUUGUCUUCCGUAACGAGAGCCAUGUCAGCUGCCAGUGCAACCAUAUGACAAGCUUUGCAGUGCUUAUGGAUGUGUCCCGACGGGAGAAUGGUGAGAUCUUGCCACUGAAGACCCUGACAUACGUGGCCCUCGGAGUCACCCUAGCUGCCCUGAUGAUCACCUUCCUCUUUCUCACCCUCCUCCGUGCCCUUCGCUCCAACCAGCAUGGCAUCCGACGCAACCUCACAGCUGCCCUGGGCCUGGCCCAGCUGGUCUUUCUCCUGGGGAUCAACCAGGCUGACCUCCCUUUUGCUUGUACAGUCAUUGCCAUCCUGCUGCACUUCCUAUACCUCUGCACCUUCUCCUGGGCUCUGCUGGAGGCCUUACACCUGUACCGGGCGCUCACAGAGGUGCGAGACGUCAAUGCCAGCCCCAUGCGUUUCUACUACAUGCUGGGCUGGGGCGUCCCUGCUUUCAUCACAGGUCUUGCUGUGGGCUUGGAUCCGGAAGGCUAUGGGAACCCUGACUUCUGCUGGCUCUCCAUCUAUGAUACGCUCAUCUGGAGUUUUGCUGGACCAGUGGCCUUUGCUGUUUCAAUGAGUGUCUUCCUGUACAUCCUGUCGGCCCGAGCCUCCUGUGCCGCCCAACGGCAGGGCUUUGAGAAGAAAGGCCCUGUCUCGGGCCUGCGCUCCUCCUUUGCUGUCCUCCUGUUGCUGAGUGCCACAUGGCUGCUGGCACUGCUGUCCGUCAACAGCGACACUCUGCUCUUCCACUACCUCUUUGCCGCCAGCAAUUGUGUCCAGGGCCCCUUCAUCUUCCUCUCCUAUGUGGUGCUCAGCAAGGAGGUCCGGAAAGCACUCAAGUUUGCCUGCAGCCGGAAGCCCACUCCUGACCCUGCCUUGACCACUAAGUCUACCCUGACCUCGUCCUAUAACUGCCCCAGCCCCUACGCAGACGGGAGGCUGUACCAGCCUUAUGGAGAUUCGGCUGGCUCAUUGCACAGUGCCAGCCGCUCAGGCAAGAGUCAGCCCAGCUACAUCCCCUUCUUGCUGAGGGAGGAGUCCACGCUGAACCCUGGCCAGGUUCCCCCUGGCCUAGGGGACCCAAGUGGCCUAUUCUUGGAAGGUCAAGCCCAGCAACACGAUCCCGACACGGACUCUGACAGUGACCUGUCCCUGGAAGAUGACCAGAGUGGUUCCUAUGCUUCUACCCACUCAUCAGACAGCGAGGAAGAGGAGGAAGAGGCCGCCUUCCCUGGCGAGCAGGGCUGGGACAGCCUGCUGGGUCCCGGAGCUGAGAGACUGCCCCUUCACAGUACCCCCAAGGAUGGGGGUCCAGGGUCUGGUAAGGUCCCUUGGCCAGGAGACUUUGGGACCACAACAAAGGAGAAUAGUGGUAGUGGGCCCCUUGAAGAGCGGCCACGGGAGAAUGGAGAUGCCCUAACUCGGGAAGGGUCUCUGGGACCCCUUCCGGGCCCUUCUACCCAACCUCACAAAGGCAUCCUUAAGAAGAAGUGUCUGCCCACCAUCAGCGAAAAGAGCAGCCUCCUAAGGCUGCCCCUGGAGCAGGGCACAGGGUCUUCUCGGGGCUCCUCCGUCAGUGAGGGCAGUCGGAACGGCCCUCCUCCCCGCCCACCACCGCGUCAGUCUCUCCAGGAACAGCUAAAUGGGGUCAUGCCCAUCGCCAUGAGCAUCAAGGCAGGCACGGUGGAUGAGGACUCAUCUGGCUCUGAAUUUCUCUUCUUUAACUUCCUGCAUUAACCCUGGGCCGGUGUUCCUUCGUCCCCUCCCCCGCUGCGCUCAUGCCCCAAUCCUGUCUUCUGCUUUAUCCUGCCCCUGCUCCCUACCGCCUGCCUGCCGAAGCAGCAGCGACGAACCGUCCAUCUGAGGAGCCUGGGCCUUGCACCUAGAAGGCCAUCUAGUGCCAAGUCGCUCCCCCACCUCCCCCUCACUGCACUUUGGACCCCUGGGGGGGGGCCAACAUCUCCAAGACAAAGUUUUU